UUGCUCGUCAGUGCUCUGUAGAUUGUUUAAAGCAUGUCUUACGUUUUGUUAGUUACACAGUGUUAAAUUAUUUGUGGCAAAAUUAAUGUUUUUAUAAACCUAUUUUUGCGAUUUAUUAAGUAAAUAACUAAUGAAUCACACCAACGAAAGUAGAUUCUGUGAUUCACGUUUUUGGGAUCUAGAACAGACGUGGAACACUCCAGAUCCUCAAUUCUCUCCAUGCUUCGAGCAGACUGUCUUGGUCUGGGCCCCAUGCCUGUUUUUAUGGGUUCUUGCUCCCUUCGAGGCCAUCGUCAUCGUAAAGAGCAAGUGUCGAGAUUUACCAUGGGGAUUCACAAACACUACCAAACUGUUGCUGAACCUGGUGCUGAUAGCUAUUAGUGCAGUUACCUUCAUCAUGUCAGUAGUCCAAUACAUGGAAGGAAAGAAGUUGUAUCCUGGUGAGCUGUGGACUCAUGCGGUUAAAACAAUUACCUUUGUGUUGGCUGCAGUUAUCUUGGUCUGGGACAGAGUGCGGGGAGUUCACACCUCGGGAGGACUGUUUGUGUUCUGGCUGGUGCUCAGUGUGGCUGGGGUGUUCCAGUUCAGGACAGAACUGCGGCAAGCUGGGAAUACAGAAGAACCUCGCUACAAAUUUAUUCUCUACAUGGUAUACUACCCUAUAGUUCUUCUGAUGUUGAUUCUGAAUGUAUUUGCUGACCCACCACCUAGAGUUACCGACCGGCGAAAGACCGAAAACCCCUACCCAGCGGAUAAUGCCUCAUUUUUAUCUUUGUGCUUCUUCAGCUGGUUUAGUCCUCUCAUAUGGCAGGGUUACAAAAAACCUCUAACUCUGGAAAACCUGUGGAACUUGAGAUACCAUGAUACUUCCGCUUACGUUGUCGCAAAAUUUGAGAAACAGUGGAAUAAACUUCAGAAACAAAGUAUUAAGUUUUCUACUAGAGAGAGACAGAAUCAAUUGAAUGGAAUACUGAAGAAUCGAAGCAACAAACCAAAGAAGCCAGUUUCAGUCAUUGGAACCAUGUUCAGAACAUAUUGGAUACCCAUGGUUAGCGGAGCAUUGCUGAAGAUUGUAUCAGACGCCUUAGCGCUUCUGAGUCCUUAUCUUUUGUAUUUAAUGAUAAAGUUUGUGGAGAGCAAGGAUUACAUGUGGAAAGGUAUCCUGUACGCAAUCUGCAUAUUCGUAGCUUCCGAAAUGCAAACGUUAUGCCUACAUCACAGCGGUGACAUAAUGUACAACUUUGGUGUGAACUGGAGGACAACUAUCAUGUCUGCCAUUUAUAAAAAGGCUCUUCGUAUCUCCAGCUUUGCCAGGAAGACCAGAUCCUUCGGUGAGAUAGUGAACGUGAUGGCGGUGGAUGCCCAACGGUUGGUCGACACUAGUGCAUUCUUGCACCUCACUUGGAUCAAUUCCUUGUCAAUCAUAGCCUGCCUGUGCUUCCUGUGGAACAUACUAGGAGUGGCUACAUUAGCGGGCGUGGCUGUCUUGGUCAUUCUGAUCCCAAUAAACAUUGUGAUCACCAGCAGGGUGCGGACACUGCACUUGAGACAAAUGAAACACAAAGACGAGAGGGUCAAAUCUGUCAGCGAAGUUCUCAGUGGCAUUAAGGUUUUAAAGAUGUACGCCUGGGAGCAAAGCUUCAGAAAAUCAAUCCUAAACAUUAGAGAUAAAGAGUUAUCACUAUUGAGGACAGCAGCUUUGUUGAACGCAUCCACUUCAUUCUUAUCACUUUGUUCUUCGUUCCUGGUUUCUUUGGCAUCAUUUUGUGUUUUUGUCUUGAUUGAUGAACGUAAUGUGUUGACACCAGAGACUGCCUUUGUCUCCAUGGCUGUCUUCAACAUCAUGAAAAUUCCUCUCUAUUACUUGCCAACAAUGGUGGAGUUUAAUAUUCAGUUUUUUGUGGCUACCAAGAGAAUAAACAAUUUUUUGAAUGCUGAUGAGUUGGAUUUUACAUCAGUUUCUCACGACACAAGCAGAAAGGAAUCACUUAUCAUAGAAGAUGGGACAUUCUCGUGGGGCUGUGACAAGGAUGACAAGCCUAUUCUCCGCAGCAUCACAUUGAAGAUACAGCCUGGACAGUUGGUAGCAGUGGUGGGACCAGUUGGUGCCGGCAAAUCCUCGCUCUUGUCUGCCUUCCUGGGAGAAAUGGUCAAGAACUCUGGAUUUGUUAACACGAAGGGAAAUAUAGCUUACGUUCCACAACAGGCUUGGAUACAAAAUGCAUCUGUGAGAGAGAACAUUUCUUUUGGUAAAAGUUUUGACGAGAUAAAAUACAAUAAGACAGUGAAGAAUUGUGCUUUGACACCAGACUUGGAGAUAUUGCCUGGAGGAGAUGCUACUGAGAUAGGAGAAAAGGGUAUCAACCUGAGUGGAGGACAGAAGCAGAGAGUGAGUCUGGCACGAGCAGUGUACAGUGACGCAGAUAUCUAUCUGAUGGAUGAUCCACUCAGUGCGGUUGACUCUCAUGUUGGCAAACACAUAUUCGAUAAUGUCGUUGGCCCUAGGGGACAGCUGCACAAGAAGACUCGCAUCCUGGUGACUCAUGGAAUAGCGUUCCUGCCCCAAGUAGAUAUGAUUGUGGUGAUGAAAGGAGGAGAGAUCUUGGAGAGAGGCACCUUCAAGGAGCUGUUGAACAAGAAAGGAGAGUUCUCGGAAUUUCUGAUACAACACUUGGUGGAAACUAAUCAACCUGAGCUGAUUCCAGAAAUUGAUGAACUUGUUGAUAAAGAGGUAACUCAUUCAGUUGAAAGACGAAUUAGUAAGAGUGAUUCCGUGAAGACCAGUCCCUCUGUUAGCAAGGUUAAUGCCUCACGCAAACUCUCAAUCACAGAAAAGACCGAAGAAGAAACUCAAUCAGAUAUGAAUUCCACUGUGGGAACCAAAGCCCAAACUGCAUGUGGAGAUCCCACUCUACAUGAGCUGGAAGAGGUAGAGAAGAUGAUGUCAUAUCAGAUCAAGGAGACAGAAAUUGUUGAGAACGGACAGACAACAGGCUUAAUAUGCACAGAAAUUGACCAAAACAGCAAAGAUUCCGAAAUGGACACUUUGCUGAGGAAACCCCAAGAAUCAGAGAGAAACGUUGAGAGGACAUAUUCAUUAUCAGCAAUAGACAGAAAGUCUGAUUCUCAGCAUGAAGAGAAACAAACCAAACUGAUCCAAGCAGAGGUGGCUCAAACUGGUAGAGUGAAGAGAGGAGUAUACCUGCACUACUGCAAGUGUAUGGGAGUAUGGCUAGUGGUGGGGACAUUCAGUCUCUCCCUACUCUCCCAGGCCGGUGCUAUCCUCGCCAACAUCUGGCUGUCGCGCUGGACCUCGGACCAGUCAGCCACUGUCAACGGUACUCAGGUUCUGGACAAACGCAACUUCUACCUGCAGAUGUACUUUACCUUCGGUCUUGCACAAGUUGUCGCAGUAGUAGCGAGUACAUCAUUGUUGGCAAUUGCUACCGUCCUGGGUGCUCAGCACCUUCAUGAGUCGAUGCUGUCAAACAUCCUGCAUUGUCCCAUGAGCUUCUUUGACACAACGCCGAUAGGAAGGAUUGUCAACCGUCUCAGCAAAGACAUUGAUGUUGUCGAUAACAUGCUUCCCAAGAACUUGAGAAUGGCUCAAGAUGCUCUUGUGACAGUUUUAGGAACACUUGUGGUUAUCUUUUGGUCAACUCCACUGUUUGCCUUAGUGUUUGUUCCUAUUGGAUUUCUCUAUUAUUUUGUACAGAAGAUUUAUGUGACUACAUCUCGUCAAAUAAAGAGGAUCGAGUCAGUGACAAGGUCUCCCAUCUACUCUCACUUCAGCGAGACUUUGUCAGGAGUUACAUCAAUACGUGCUUACAAGGUGGAACAGCGUUUCAUAAAAGAACUACAAGAUAAGGUGGACACCAAUCAAGUCUGCUUCAUUCCCUCCUUCAGGUCCAGCAGGUGGUUGGGAAUCCGUCUUGAGACCAUAUCAAAUAUUUUGAUUUUCUUUGCAGCUUUUUUUGCUGUAUUAGGCAGAGAUUCUCUGGACCCAGGAAUCGUGGGACUUUCUGUUAGUUAUGCUUUACAGAUAACUUUUGUUAUGAAUGCUGCUGUGAAAAUGUCUUCAGAAAUAGAGACAAGCAUUGUUUCUGUGGAGAGGAUAAAGGAGUAUACUGAACUUCCUCAGGAAGCCGCAUUGGUACUGGAGCCCCGUCCUAAACCAAAAUGGCCUAACCAAGGAGUUGUCAAGUUCCAGAAUUACAAAGUGAGAUACCGUGAGGGACUGGACCUUAUACUGAAGGAUGUCUCCUUCACUGUAUUUGGUAGCGAGAAGAUCGGCAUAGUUGGUCGCACUGGAGCAGGCAAGUCCUCUGUCACACUCUGCUUGUUUCGUAUUAUUGAAGCUGCAGGUGGCCAUAUUUAUAUCGAUGACCUAGACAUUGCCAAGAUUGGUCUUGGAGACCUACGCUCAAAACUCACCAUUGUCCCUCAAGAUCCAGUGCUGUUUUCUGGGCAUCUACGCAUGAACCUGGAUCCAUUUGAAAUGUUCAGUGAUGCAGAUAUAUGGUAUGCUUUAGAGCUUGCUCACCUUAGUGAAUACGUCAAGAGUCUUCCACAAGGUUUGAAACAUCCUAUUGCUGAAGGUGGAGAGAACCUGAGCAUUGGUCAACGCCAGUUGAUGUGCCUGGCCAGAGCUCUGCUGCGUAAGACCAAGGUGUUGAUACUGGAUGAGGCAACAGCUGCCAUAGACUUGGAGACUGAUGACCUGAUCCAGCAGACCAUCCGCAGAGAGUUCCGAGACUGCACAGUACUCACUAUUGCCCACCGGCUCAACACCAUAAUGGACUCUGAUAGUAAAUGUUUUAUGUUACAGAGUUCUAGUGUUGGAUAAAGGGCUAAUCAAAGAGUUUGAUUCUCCAAAACAUCUACUGAAAUGCCCUUCAUCAAUCUUUUACGCUCUAGCCCAGGAUGCAGGCCUCGUGUAGAAGAAUCUAUCUGAUGUAGUUUUUGUCAUGAUUCACAGUAAAGUUGUCAACUGUGUAUUCA